CCUGUUUCACGUUCCUCACCCUGGAUGAUGAGUGGCAGCGGUGGUGAAGGAGAGAGGUUACGCGGUUUUUAAACAGGUUUUAAAGUCGGGGAGAGGAGUGGGGUCUGUUCUCUGGGUCUUCGCCUCUCCGCCGCGACGCCGAUGGGUGGCUGGUCUCGCACGGCGGUCCUGGAGCUGUACAGAGCGCUGCUGCGCGCGGGGCACCACCUGCAGCACACCGACCGCAACUACUACCGGCGCGCGGUGGCCCGGGAGUUCCGCCGCUGCCAGGGCCUCACGGCCCCCGGGGACAAGGAGCGCGCCCUGCAGAGGGGCCAGUUCUUCCUCAGCAGCCGGCUGGGCGGCCUGGUGUAGAGAGCCCAAGGGGGGCCACGCGACUGGGGCUGGUUCUGCAUGUUCGGGGCCUGACGUAUCCCAGCUGCCCUUGCCAUCCGAGAACCCAUGAUGCUUUGGGAACACGUUUCAGUUGUCAAGGAGAUAUACUAGGCCCGCGCCUGGAAAGAAAUACACUUCUGGGACCAUCUCUCUGUUUUUUGUUUUGCUCAUGACAGCCAGUAUUUGCAAGGCUGGUACACAGGUUUUCAGUUUUAUCGAGGUCUUUGGAACCAAACUGCCUGGACCUUUCGGUGUUUUUUUUAUUCCUUUUGAUUUUUGUAAGUAUUUUGUAACCUUCUUCUAAUAAGAAAGGACUUAAAAUAAGCUUUAAGUAUAGAACCCAUGGAUGGAUUAUUUGUUUUUAUACUUACUGAAGCUCCUCUCCUAGAGCCGGACGCUCAUUAAGCUCAGUGCCUUUUUUCCCCUCUGUUUCGGGACUGUUAACACUCAGGAUCUGUCCUCGAUAUGAUUUAUAUAAAGCUGUCUGCUUGGAUAGGAGUCUCUGGAAGACGCUGAGGCACGCCCAGUGGAAGUGAAUAGCUCCUGGAAAGGAACUUGUAGCUCAGUAAGGUCCCUGGGCUGGCGGGGCGAGAUGGCGGGGGUGAGCGGCGACCGGAAGGGGAAGAAGGAUGACAACGGCCUGGGCACGGCCCUAGACUUCGUGCUGUCCAACGCCAAGCUGGUGCUGGGGGUCGGGGGGGCGGCCAUGCUGGGCAUCGCCACGCUGGCUGUGAAGAGGAUGUACGAUCGGGCAAUCAGUGCCCCUGCCAGCCCCACCAAGAUGGACCCAGCGGGUAAAAGGAGCUGGGAGGAGCCUAGCUGGCUGGGGUCGUCGCCACGGUUGCUGACCCAGGAUAUGAAAACCAACACGAGCCGCUCGCUGCAGACUUUACCGACGAGCCCCAACGCGUUUGAACCCAACGCGGUGAGGCGGGCGGGGUCGCGGGGUCGCGGCGGAGGCAAAGCCGACCUCCAGAAGGCGCGGCUGCGGUUCUCGCUGCAGGACAAGCUGUGGGGGUUCUACCGGCGGCGGGUGGCCAUCCCCGAGGAGGAGCAGGCCACGGCCCGGCGGGCCGCCGUCGACAUCUGCGCGGAGCUGCGCAACUUCCUGCACGCCAAGAUGCCCGACAUGCCCCUGCGGGAAAUGUACCUCAGCGGGAGCCUCUACGACGACCUGCAGGUGGUGACGGCAGACCACGCCCAGCUGAUGGUCCCUCUGAUCCUGGAGAAGAACUUGUGGUCGCCCAUCCCCGGGGAGGACACCAUCAUGAACAUGCCCGGCUUCUGGCUGGUGCGACGGGAGAACCUGGAGUACUUCCCCAGGGGCUCAAGCUACUGGGAUCGCUGCGUGGUCGGGGGUUACCUUUCCCCGAAGACGGUCCUGGAAGCGUUCGACAGGGUGGUGGCCGGCUCGAUCAACUGGCCGGCCAUCGGGAGCGCGCUGGAUUACGUCAUCAGGCCCGUCGUGCCCUCGGAGACGCUCACGCUGGAGGUCCAGUACGAGGUGGACCGCCGGCUCUUCGUCGACUUCCUCCCGCUGGUGGUGAUCGGCGACGCCGUCACGCUGGUCGCCAAGCCUCACCGGCAGGCGGAGCGCUACGAGAACCUGUGGCGGCAGAGCUUCCGCGCCGCCGAGACGGCCCGCCUCCGCGGCCUGGAUCAGGAGGACGGGGGCUGCCGCGGCCUGUGCCUCAAGGUGGCCAAAGCCGUGUGCAAGCUGACCCCCUCGCUCCACAGGCUCAGCUCCGCCCAGCUGACCAACGCCAUCCUCCUCCUGAGCGAGAGGGAGGGGGACUGGGCCCAGGACGCGCUCGCCGACCGCUUCCUGCAGCUCCUGCGCGAGCUGGUGGGCCAUCUGGAAGCCGGCCGCCUCCCCUGCGCCCUGGCCCCCAACGUCAACCUCCUCUCCGAGCUCACCCCCGAGGAGGUGGACGAACUGGGGUACACUCUCUACUGCGCCCUCUCCGAGCCCGAGGGCCUCCUGCGGACUGCCUAGCGCCCCUUCCCCUACCCCCUCCGGCCCGAUGCGAGAUCUUUAACGAAAGGGCUGCCGUCUCCCCCAAAACGUCAACCGCAUACUGUGUUAAUAUUCCAGCAGGGGAGCUUGUCUCGUUCGGCCGCCUGCAGGGGAAAAGAGUGUUGACCAGCUGGUAGAGUUAGAGGGGUAUUUGUUCGGGUAUCGCCGGAAGUGUACACUAAAUGGCACUACUUCUGCUUUCCUACUUCCAUUCAUUUGAUAAAAUUCAUUUCGGUUGACUAGA